CAGAAACCACUUGUAGUUUCAUAAUUCCAAAAUGGCGGACGUUCUCAUCCGUUCUGCCAGAUUUCGUGCGUUUCUUCCGUCAUGUGUUUCGUUGUUGUCGAAGCCUAGACAUCUACGAGCGUUAGUAACGUUGCGUAAAGGUAUUCUUGGCUUAGCUUUUUCAGACCGGGAUCGUGCUGGAUGGGACUUCACCCAGUCCUCACUUUUGAGUCCAUUUGAUAAGCUUUAUUUUUGUGGUAAAUUAAGAUUGUCAGGGGCUUAUUUCAUAUUUAUGGUCAACUGUAGUCUUUAAAAUGCGCUUGACUACAGUGUAGUAGGUAUUAGAAUAGCAUAAAAACCCAGGCAUUUUACCAAAAAGAGAAUAUCACCCUGACACUUUGGCAGCUUUAAAAGCAUAGUCAGAUCUUUUUGGUUCGUAGGCAGCUGUUGGCUUGGUUAAUUAAACAUGUACAUGUGAAGGUAUAUGUAUAAACUAAAUCUUUGUAAUCUGCAUUACUUUUCUAUGGCAGAUGUCUUUGAACAACCUUUUAUGAAGACAAAUGGUUCCAGAGAGAGUCUAUUCCAAACUACCCAAGUUUGUUCGUCUUGUAUAAAAGCAAGACAUUUCUCUUGUCAGGCUGAUGUAAUGGCAACAAGUCAAGUUACCACUAAUGAAAGGUUUGGAAUUGUUACUUAGCAUACAACUCUGUACGCACCUAGUCAGCUGUAUGCAGAUGGUGUUGUGAGUGGGGAGGCUUUGGUUCAAACUUCAGCUGGGCCAAAACCAGUGGCGUCAAGAAAAAUAAGUGGUAUCAGGACAUUAGCCUUGUCUCAUUAAAUAUCCUUCUUUCAUUGGUCAAUUCAAAGGAGAUGUACAUUUGGGAAAAGUAGGGGAAUUUUGGUGUGUGGUGUGCUCUACCUCACUGCACAUUAUCAUUCAUAUCAUAGGCAUGGUGGUUUACGGUAAGCUCAUAAUAGCAGAUAGCAGCUUGUAUGCUGACAUCUGAGCUUACUGUAAGCAUUUUUUAAUGUAUAACAUAAAAGGGACACAUCUGCUGACCUCUCAUCUUCAACAUUUUGUUCAUUCAUUUCAGUACAGGUCUGUCUAUAGUCACUUUUUAUGUAUAUAUAUAUAUGUAUAUUUCAGCAGUAUUGAACUUGAAAAAUCCAGGAAAUAUCAGGCACUUCAUGUAAGUAAUUUAGUGCUAUUGUAAUUCUAUUUUAUUUUAUGUUUUUUGUUUUUGUUUUUUGAUUAUCAAUAUUUUUUUUGUUUUCCCACAUUAAUAGAUUUUUGAAAAAUUGUAAAUGCCGAGACCAGGAAUGUGUUCGAGUAACUUGAACUGCUUGCAAAAUAAGACAUCACGUCUUUACCGCAUUUGACACUCGUACACGAAAUGUGAAACGUAAAAAUAUAAAUGUUCUAGAAGUUUUAAGAUCCUUGAAACAUAUUUCGUUCUUUGAGCCUUGUCAGUCAAUAAAAUUUUAUUGACUUACAAGGCUCAAAGAGCGAAAUAUAUUUCGAGAAUUUUAAAACAGGCAAAGGUUAGGCUCACUGUAGUACAUACAUGAUCUGUGGAUAUGUAAUGCUAGUAAUGAAUCCUAUUGACUUUUCAGUCUCCCUGUUUUAGAUAAUGCCCUUUUCUGUAACAGAAGGAGGAAAGUAUGUAGCUCAUGUGUUACUAACGCACAAGCCGAAGAAAGCAAUAGUGUUUGUUCGCACUCGAGGUUAGUCAUCAGUUUCAUCAUUAGUAGUGAUCAUUGUCGUCAUCAUCAUGACGUUGAUCAUUCUUUGGUUUGAUUUUACUUUUAAAAGCAUUGAAUUUAAUUAUUUAAAUGCAAUAAUCAUUGCUUAUCCAUUCAUUUUGACAGUUUUGGCUGCAGAGCUUAUCAGAGAACUGGAAGAAUAUGGCCUGAAAUGCUUGUCCCUGGAGGUACGUUCUUUUUACUUUCUUCCAAGUAUAAAAUAAUGGAGCAGAGUAAAUAUGUUAAUAAGUUAAUAAGUUAAAGAAUUAUCUGAUCAUUUCAAAUUUAAAUUGCUUGAUGACUCUCCCCUCUGCAGAGGCCUCUUUAUGUCACAGGGAGGCUGGGUAGAGUAAAAAAAAGCAUGUGGGGUUUCCUGGAAUACCCAGCAGUGGAGAUAGGUGUGAACAUCAAAGGAGAGCUUUUCAUGGCCAGAAGUAUCAGAAACAUUUGCUAGUUUAUUCUUAAAUUUGUCCUUUUGUCAAAACAGUGGAAUUUAGAGGUCAUCUGCAUUUCAUGAUAAGUUUCAGGGCUGUGCUCUAGCAGAGCCCAGUGGCUCCUGGGGCCUAACUUUUGCGCUCAGGCAACUAGAAAAUCUCAAAUCUUUCAUACAAAUCAUAUGCUGGGCACGCUAGAUUUUAAAGUUUCACAGCACUGGGCUUCCUUCAAUUUUCCUUAGAGCACAGCCUUGAAUUUCCAUGACCAUUACCUCUUAGGCACUGGCUAUUUCAGUCAUUUGCAGUGAUGUUUUGUUGACUUGAUCUUUCUUUAUUCUAGGAUGCCACCCUUUUAGAUACCUCAAACACAAGCGAAGGUGAAAAUGAAGAACUGAACUCUGAGAAAAUUAACGAAAAUGAUACUGGGUCAAGAAUCACUGUGGUGGGUCAGCUAUAGAUAAUAGUCAAGGCUGGUUUGCAUAAUGAUCUUUUGAUAUUGCUGCGGUCACGAGUAUCUGAGUAAUGGAAAAGUAGAGUACAUGUACAUGUAAUUGCUUCAAUUAAUAAUUGUAAUCUAAGAUGCAUGUGGUUUACCAAGCUACAUUGUGUACACUUCAAUAAUGUUAAUUGCAAUGAAAAUUGCAACCAGAAUAGGUGACAUUAUUUUAAGGGUGGUGGGGGCCUUGUAUUGCUAGAGUAUUUCCAUGAGAUUGCUGGACUUUUUUCCAGCUUUCACAGCAAUGUUAAGACUAGGCUUUUCUUAAUAAGCUGAUGCUAAAUACACUGUAGGAGUAAAUCUCCUUCCAUCUCACCGUAAAAUUCCGAAAAUAAGCCCCAGGGCUUAUAUUUUUCAAAGGCCUUAUUGAGGGGCUUAUUUUUGGAGGGGCUUAUCUAGACGGAGGGAAAUUUGCGUUUCAAAACCGAUUGGGCUAGCCUUAUAGUUGGAAGUAAAUUUACCGUUUUUGUUUUGUUUUACGUUGUAUUUGAGGGCAAUUUUCCAAGUACAAGCCCCCAGGGGGCUUAUAAUUUUUAUUUGGAGGGGCUGAUUUGCGGAAUUUUACGGUAUUUUAUCUUACCUUGCUGCAUUGCUUUUGCUUUCUGAAACUGACCAGAAAGCUGUAUAGAUCUAUCCAUCUUGGUUACUGGUCAAAUUUGGUUUCAGAUACAAAUAGUUUGAUUUAACCAUGUUUGAUUCCCAGUUCCUUUAGUCUUCUAGGGCUAGCAGAUAAUUGAAAUGGAGAACACAGAUCAACCUAAAUUUUAAUCUGAAAAAAAGCAACAUCUAUUCAAAUUUCACCUGGACACCUUUGCUUUGAUUCCUCAUAAUGCACACAUAUGAGUAUGGGAGUGGUAGCUCACUGUUUUAAGUGAGAUUGAGCAAUUGGAAAGUAACAUGAUGAAUUCCUUUUACAGAUGACAGAGGGUGAAGUAGAGGCAAUGGAGUCAUUGCUUCCUGUGGAUCUUAUUCUACUUGGUCAGUGUUUGUUAUCAUUGUUUUUUUGUUUAUUGCCGCUGUUGUUGUCGUGUUCUCAUGUAUUCUUACUUAUUUUUGUUUUCUUUUGUAAGAAACUACGUUCAGGUAGAUGUUUUAGUGGGUGCCCAUCCCACCAAGUGGCAGUCAGUUGGGUUGGGAAAAAAGGUGUGACAGAAGUUUUCAAUCAUGGGCAGAAGAUCCCCAGUGGACUUAAUUUAUUUAAAGCUCAGUUAAUCACCAUGUUUGUCUAGUUAGUUCGCAGAGUCAGUCAGUCUUGCAUUUUGUUCUGAUAUCAAUGAUCUUUUCUUCUUGAGUAAAGCCUCUUUAACAAAAUAGCCUGGCAAAAAUGACACUUCAUGUAAUUUGCAUGCAUGAACACACAAAAUGACUCCAAGGCUUGCUGUUCUCUGACUGGGCAGAAUCAAUCAGAUCAGAAUCAAUCAAUCUGGUACCAAUCAGAAACCAGAACGGCUGUGGCCGAUUGGAACGAUUUCCCCAGGGGUUCUUCCCUGCUUGAAAACUUUCAUUGUCAGUGCUUUUUCUCUUCACCAAGCUGACUGCCCCUGAGUCUUCAAUGAUGGUAUGCAUGCUCCUAAAAAGUCACAAUUAGCCCAACUUUGAUUCUUAGUCCAGCAACCCAUGACUGGGAAGAGCUUCACCUUAUUUUGCCUGAAAAAGACUCACACUAAAGUCAAGCCACUUGAUGUGAUACUACUCUAUUCGCACAAUGAUCUGGCAUUUCUGAGUCAGGUAAGAACUUCUUCCGGCACUCGUGCAUUUCAUUAUUACCUAAUGGUAAAUAAUCACAGAUUCAUUCCAAGUACCUAUACCCAUUUAACUGGCGGUUUCUAUUGCUCACAUGGCAUUCAAAAUAUUUUUUAGUCUUUGGGAAGAAAGAAAAGUGAAAUGUAAAAAAUGUUGUUCUUAACAUAUGGAAUGUCAAGGUCUUGUGCGUUUUUUUAGUUGACUUUCAGUUGUAAUAGUUGUUAUUUUAUCUCUUAACAUAUCGAAAGUUAGCCUGCGAAAACAUCCGUUUCUCCUCGCUCCUCGCCGCUGGGGACGUUUCGCGCGGAGAAACGGAUGUUUUCGCAGUCUAAUCGAAAGUCAAGGUCUUGUAUGUGUGUGUUUUUUUUUUGGUUGACUUCCAGUUGCAAUAAUAUUAUUGUUAUUUAAUAUCAAUUUGUGAAAUACCAUUGGAUUGUAGUUAAGAUCUUUAGUUUGUUCAAUACUUCUUUCGCUUCCCAAUAAUUUCAUUGUUUAAAAGUAACACACUAUACUCUACAAAGUUACAAAAAACGAAUUCAGAUAACAUUUAGUGUAGCAUGACAUUCGACAAACCUUUUCUUGUCUUGCCCGCUGAAAAGGAUCUUGGCAACAUAUCGCUUGCCACAAGUGAAUAACCGCAAGAGUUUUUAAGCAAACGGAUCGAGUUGUUAGGCCGUUAAGAAUCGGACAAAGGACUUUUUGAAAGUCUUAUAUAUAAUAUAUAGAUUUAGCCAAGAAUAAAGGCUAAAAUCCUUGAUCUUACUGUUACUGUACUAAUGUAAUAAUUAAUUUUAGAUGCAGAGUUAUGUUGAUGUUAAGAAGCUUUCACCACCUUCAUUUUACAAUGUACCAAUGAGGACUGAAGGACUCCCGUCAUUUCCUGGCGAAUCCACGGUAUGGAUCAUUUUUGAAAGCAGCACUAAAAAAGAAUAAAUAAUUAAAUAAAUAAAUAAACCCACCUUGAUAUGAAGCUAUUGACUAAGUACAGUUUAAUCUUAUUGCCCCCAAAGGGUUUUCUCCGAGACCUCUCUUUCACCUCUCCUCAGAACCCAACAUUUUCCAACUCUAAUUCAAUCAGGGGAAUGGUGAAUGAUAAACCACUAAACAUGUACUUGAAUUUGCCACUAAAGAAAACGAGAGGGGAAACUGGGUCAAGUUAACGUUUGCAAAGACUUCUGGGAUUGUUACUCACUGUAUAGCCCGGGGAAAACAAAUUGGCCAUAAGAGAGAUUAAGGUGGCUCCGUGAUUAACACAAGAGCAUUUAGCUGUGACAAAUUUUCCGUCAUAACUUUUUCGAUUUUAACGCAAUGGCUGCGAAACUUUGCCAAUAACAACAGAUAUCAUUCGGCAAUAAUACGAACUAUUCCGAUUUCAUUGAUGGUAAAUAUUUCUUGAGAAAUUAGCGCUUAAAAGGACCCUACUGUUCAAAGAAAAUCGCGUCUAGUAAAAAAUUUUGCUGAUAUUUUUUACUGAAAUUUCUGGUAUCGGCUUUAAUUGAUAUAAUAAAUAUGCCAGAGGAAUUUCAGAAAAAUCGUUGGAGCAGAAGUCCGUAACUAAAAGUCGGUCAAAAUUCAGCUGUGAAAUUGUUUUGGAAUUUCAAAAAUAAAUUACUAUCAGGAAGAAGGAGACACCAGUUUCAAUUUUUGGGACAAGCAACUUCAGUGUGUUUCCUGAUUCUGAAAACAGAAGCCGAUUGCCUAUCGUGCUAUUCUUUAAAAGGUAAUUUUCAGUUUUUAGAAGCACUCUAAGUUGCUCCAAACUUUGCUCUGACAUCGAAUGACUUGUUCCUCGACAUUUUUAAAAUAUCCCUUGGCAGUUUUGGUUCAAACUCCUGCUACACACAUUUUGAUGUAUUGCAAAGCAUCCCCAACGGCUUUUCCUGCUUUACGUUGUUUCCAAUUCAGGAAAAAGGUAUUGGAAUUGUAAGCUACCUAGUAUCGAAGCUCAGAUAGAACUGUCCAGUACCUUUGUUUAUGACCAGAAAAUGAGCACGAGCGGCAGCUCUGCGAGGAAUUCGCACCUCAGCCAGGGGGGACGAGUGACAAUGAUGCCCAUGUCUGUGAACCGAUCUGUAUAAACAUGUAUUGCAGAGCAAAACAUAAUAAUCAAGAAAAAAAUACCCAUUCAUUGAAGGAAGGAGUGACAAAAAUUUCAGAGUUGUAAAUUCAUUCACGGGCAGUAUUUUUGCGAUAAUUUUAUUUUGCACUGUGAUGUUAUUUGGUUCACAAGCAUGGUCAUCAUUGUCGUUCGUCCCCCCUGGGUGAGGUGCGAAUUCCACGCAGAACUGCAGCUCGUGCUCAUUUUGUAGUCAUAACAAAGGUGCUGGACAGUUCUUUCUGAGCUCUGAUACGAGGUAGCGUCCAAUCUCAAUACUUUUUUCCUGAGUUGGAAGCAACGAACGGCAGUAAAAGUCGUUGAAAAUGCACGGCAAUACAUCAAAAUGUAUGCAGCAGGAGUUUGAGCCAAAACUGCCAAGGGAUAUUUUAAAACUGUCGACGAACAAGUCAUUCUACUUCAGAGCAAAGUUUGGAGCAAUUUAUAGUUCUUCUAAAACUAAAAAGUACCUUUCAAAGAAUAGCACGAUAGGCAAUCGGCUUUUGUUUUAAGAAUUAGCAAGCGUUGAAUUUACUUUUCCCGAAAAUUCAAACUGGUGGCUCCUUCUACCUGAUAGUAAUUUAUUUUUGAAAUUCCAAAACAAUUUCACAGCUGAAUUUUGACCGACUUUUACUUACGGACUUCUGCUCCAACGAUUUUUCUGAAAUUCCUCUGGCAUAUUUAUUAUAUCAAUUAAAGCCGAUACCAGAAAUUUCAGUAAAAAAUAUCAGCAAAAUUUUUUACUGGACGCGAUUUUCUUUGAACAGUAGGGUCCUUUUAAGCACUAAUUUCUCAAGAAAUAUUUACCGUCAGUGAAAUCGGAAUAUUUUGUGUUAUUGCCGAAUAAUAUCUGUUGUUCUUUGCCAAGUUUCGCAGCCAUCGCGUUAAAAACCAAAAAGUUAUGACGGAAAAUUUGUCACAGUUAAAUGCUCUUGUAUUAAUUACGGAGCCACCUUAAGCAAAAGCGUUUUUCAGCAAGGCACUUCAACCGGAAGUAAAGUCUUUUAUCGUUUAAUAUGCCUUGACGCUACUGCAUUGGUUUCGCUAUGUUUCUUUAAUCUUAUACAGACAAUUUGACCGAAAAUCUUGGCAAAAACAUUGUCCAAAAAUGAAAAAAGGCCGCUUCCGGUUUACGUGCGUCGCUCAAAAGCGCCAUUUCUUAAUCUCCCUGAUCGCUGACCGGCGUGUCCGUAGCAACGAUUCCAGAAACAAUUGAGGGACGCAUUUCUGCUACAGUUCAGUGACCUUCUCGUUUCUUAAGUGACGAUUGCGCUGCCUUUAAAUCAUUAUACUGCCCAAAAAUGCGUAAAGUGCACUUCUAGUUGCCGUCCGCUGCUCAAACGCGUCUUCUCUUAAGCUCCCUAAUAGCUGUAUCCCUUAGUUAUGUUAUGUUAUUUUGUUAUUUUUUUUUUUGGUUUGUUGUGUAUCUGUUCUAGUUGUUACCUGGAAGACAUCUUGUAGAGCCUCCACCUCCUCCCAUCACGGCAAUUAUUCCGCCAAAGCUCCCCCGAUCGAAAGUUUUCCGGCCUGCAGUUUCUGUACCAGUCAAGGUAAUUUGAAAAGUCAAUGCCAUUUGCUUAACACUGUGAAGUCAUCGUUAAGUGUUUCUUUCGAUGUAAAGUAGCUUGAAUUACCUGUAAAACGUAUAACUGAUUGAGAGAUUCGGUAAAAUGAGCACACCGCGCCGGUUGCCUCAGGUUUGUCAGUCAGAUGACUCGCUAUCCGUCCGUCCAUUCAUACGUCUAGGGUGUUUGGAGAUCAAACUCGAUUUCUAAACUGAUGGCAGAAUCCUCACUUUAAACUUGACUUUUGAACAAAAUACGUAGUGGAAAUUCUUGUUAAUCAAAAUGAAACUGAGUAAACAGAAUACUUUUACUCUAUUUCCUAGUAGAAUUUGGAGCAAAUUCUAUUUAUUAGAGAGGGGCGUUUCUAAAUACCAUCUAGAACAGCGUGGGGGGGGGGGGGGAGGGGCUUUUUUUUCGAGAGGGAGUCUUUCAGGUUAUUUAAGGUAGUUGCACACAACGUCUCACUAAAUAGUUUAACAUGUUUAAAAUAUCCCUUAGGUAGCUCUUCCUUAGAUCUGAAUAUAAAUAUGAACAUAUAAUAAAGUAAGGUUGCUUCAAAUAAUUACCUUUAUGGAUUAUCCGUUCUCUUUGUAGCAAUCAGAACGUCACAAACUUAACGAUCGUGCUCGCAUUUAUGUCCGAGGAGGGACUGGGGGUCAGGGAUCGCCUUACUUUGGAGGCAUGGGAGGGGAUGGUGGCGACGUUGUUGUACAGUGUUCCCCGAACGCCACACUGCGUCACUUCUCUGUUAAGGAAAAUCGCCGUAUUUUAGCCGAACAUGGCACAUACUUUUCGUAAGUAAAACUCUGUAUAUGUGUUUCGCAUUUAUCCGUUCAUUCAUUCAUUUAUUUAUUUUUAUUUUAUUAUUAUUAAUCAUCACACUUGCGAGCAUUAAUUCUUAUUUCCCCAAAACGUUUAAUUGCACUCCACCACUGAUUCGUUACAAAGAAACUUGUCUUUCGUGGCUUAUGAACUUGAAUUGACCCAUUUGUAUAAAAUCAUUAUUUGGAAGCAUUAAAAGCGCUAGCACUAGAAAACGCUGUCCUCGCUCCUAUCGCCGCUAGCGAGAGAGACAUCUCUCUUCCGUGUGCCCGGGAACUUAAACUAAAAUUACCUAAUUUGUCACAAGUCAGAACUUAAACAUUGUUUUUCAAACAGGCCGUUUAAUGACCUUGGCUUUUUCCAAUAUUUUCAAGGGGUAAAAAAGGUAAAAAGCAGAAAGGGACUCGUGGUCGCGACACAGUCAUCCCAGUCCCUGUUGGUACAACUGUGUAUACAGAUGAAGGCCAAAUUGUAAGAGAAAUGGAUGAGCUGGGCUCCAGGCUUUUGGUUGCUAGAGGUGGCCGCGGUGGGUCACCAGCUACGGAAGACUGGCGCGGAGAGAAGGGCGAACGGUUCGUGAUAAUACUGGAAUCCAGGCUGAUGGCUGAUGUUGCUCUUGUGGGGUAAGAUUAAGGUACAGUGGAACCUCGAUUUAACGAAGUGCCAAGGGACUGGGGAAACUAUUUGUUCGUUAAAUCGAGGGUUCGUUAUAUCGAACACCUCCAUUUAACGAAUUUUUGGGAAAACUACCAAAAAUUAAUGUUCGUUAUAUCGAGGCAUAGAUAAUAUAUAAAACUUACAAAACCCAGCAUUUCCGGGUGUGAAAAAUUACUGUAAUAACAUUUCAGUACCAACCUCAGGGUGCAAAGAAAGUCAGUUUUACAGCUUGCCAUUCAGGCAAGCUGAAGCUAACAUUUACUAGCCCAAACAUCAUUUCAACUAGCCCCAAAAAUGUUUUGAUGAGCAGAUUGAUUUGACAGUACUUCUGUAAUUUGAACUCCUCAAAAAACUUCACUUGCCAGAAUUCACUCGCCCGAUAGCAAACUCCACUAGCCCCGGGCUAUCGGACACUACUUUCUUUGCACGCUGCGAGCUAUAUAUACCUACGUCACUCGAAACUCGAGAAAAAGCAAACAAAACUGCUUAAAACUACUGUACACAUAAACUUUAUUCUUGUUGGUCUGUUUGGCAUUCAUCUUUUAUCACAUGCUCACAUUUAUUUGUUAUAUGGAGGUAAAUUUUACGUUUGCCCUUGUGGAUUAUGUUCGUUAUUAUAACGAGGAUUUCGUGAAAUCGAGGUUCUGUUCCAUACAUUUUACUAUAAUUUUGGCCGGGCUGUAGAAAAUCGUUCAUUAUACCGAGCACUUCGUUACAUAGAAGCCCAGAACAAGGAUAUCGCGCUUCCUCGGAGACGCUACUAACCGGGUUUAGUAUCCGGGAUUAUGCCUUAGACGCAGGCUAACAUCUAUUAGAAGCGCAUAGAAGCUCAGAACGAAUAUCAAUUUUUGUUUCUUUUUUCUAGUUUUCCCAACGCCGGAAAAUCGAGUCUUCUUCGUGCCAUCAGUAAUGCAACUCCAAAGGCAGCUGAUUAUGCCUGUAAGUUAUGCUUGCCCCUUAAGAAUGGCUGUUUUUACGCUAGAGACGGAUUAUCCGUCUUCAAAAUCCGUCAAAAUUGACGGAAGAGCAGAUGGAUAAAAUCAGGCGGAUAGUCUAUCCAAAAUUAAGACCGUUCCAUUUUCAAGUAAAGACGUAUUAUCUUUCUGACGCGAAUUAUCCAACGGAUAAUCCGUCUUCAGUGUGAAUACGACCAGUGCAAACUAAGCCUUCAAAAGGCAUUUCAGAAAUCAGAAAUGUAAGAAAAGUCGGAAAAUUGGUACCUCACAUUAGAUAAAAUUAUUUGUCAUUUCCAUAUGACUUGAUGUAGACAGAACUGCUCGCGUUCAGGUGAGAAUUAGUCUAGGGAACACUUCGUGAUGUCUAUCAUACCGUGCUGAUGGCCAUUAUUUCUGCCCAGUGUGGUAAUUUUAAUCAAAGGCCCUGUUCACAUUAAUGCGUUUUCUUUUGAAAACGCCUACAUUUCAGUGCGUUUAGGCCUUCUGUCUACAUUAAUACGCUGUUCGUUUUCAUCGAAAACGCAUCGAUUUGAAAACGCUCUUAAAAAUGGAUCAUGGAUCAAAACGUAAACGCAUACAUUAUCGUAUUGGUGUGGACAGUCGAAAACGCUGACCGAAACCAUCGCAGGCCCGUGUGUUUGUAGCGUGCACAUAGGAGUUCAACUUAACGUCACAACGUGCAAUUCUAUCGUUUUUAACCAUUUUAGUGUGGACAGUCGAAAACGCAUCAAAACGGUAGUGUGGACGCGAAUCGAUGGAUGCGUUUUCAGUGACAACGAAAAUGCGUUAGUGUGGGCAGGGCCAAAAGAGAACAAAGAAAGGAUGCGCAUCCAAAGCUAUCUAACCUGAGAUCAGGCCCAAUUUGAGCGGUUCUCAUACAUUCUCUCUAACGGCUACCGCUGAAAUUGGGCCUGAUACAAACCAUUGCAAGUUUGUGGUCGUUACGGCCAGAUUUUGGCCGUAACGCUGAUUAGCUGUUAGAACAAUGCCACAAGAUCUGAUUGGCUGUCGGAAACGCCGGAAGUUGAAAGCGCUUAUUCCUCGCGUGGUUGUUUUCGUGAAUGAUCCGUCGUCGGUGGAGAGAAAGAUCGAUUUUGCUGUCUUUUUUAUUGUUUUAUGGUCUUAUGGUAGGAAAAUAUGCCUUAAUAUGUGCCAUAGAAAUUCGGAAAAUUCAUGUGGUUGUUCAUAUCUUCUCAGGAUUUGCUUUAUUUACGAAAAGUGAGUGUAUCGCGGAGUUGAAUCCCUCUGCAAGUUGUUGACCGCUAACAAGGUGCAUUUUGAUUUACCUACAAACGGGUGCAAAUCAAAGUACUGUCCAUCUUAAAACUGGUUUCAUUUGAAAGUUUAGCCGGGAAUGACUUCUCUGAACGGGGUACGCAAGCGGAGGCUCACUGCGAAAGAAACCCUCAAUCGCCAACUGUGAAGUAUUAGACGAAAAAUAUCUCAUCGCUGUUCAAGGAAUUUUCAGUAUUCACAGACUUGUUGUUUGACUACGCUUUUUGGUAAAAGUAAACCAAGGAAACUGGUGUCCUCGCUCGUUGGCUGUUUGCUUUUGUUUUUAAAGAUUUAUGUACUGAAAAUCGGGGGAAAUUGCCAAGGAAAAUAUCAAGACAACGGAAAAAUAGAGAUUUCAGUAUUUUAAAUUCCAGAGCGCCUAGCCAAAAAAAUAAAACUAGUAGAACAUCGUGUCGCCGUCUUUUCGAAAACUUUUUACCUUCUACGCCAACAGAAGUAACCUUUGAGAUCUCCCUUAAUCUCGCAAGAAGUUAAAUGUGAUUGUGCUGACUGUUUUAUUUUUAGCUGAAAAAAUUAACAGAUAAAAGCUAUUGUUUAAGUCAGCCGGUCUGCAUUUUUCCCACGCGUGAAAAAUUUGCAUACUAGAAAAACAAGCAACGGAAGUAAUUCUGAUUGGCUGAUUCGGUAAAUGUCAAUCAAUCAAAAAAGUGGGCGGCAGACAUUUCAUUAAAGCUUUGUAUCAGUCUCUCUUUUCGUUUCGCCUUGUCCGCCGGAAUGUAAUUUUCAAAGCGAAACGAAAAUAGAGCCUGAUCUCAGGUUAAAGCUAUCUGUUGUUUUCGAUUUUAUGACCUCUCUUUUUGAACUGUUUAAAUUCAUUCAUAAGAAUCAUCAUUUGCUUAAUAUCGUUUUACUUACAGUUACAACUAUGCGUCCUAAUAUUGGAAUGGUAGAAUAUGGUGAUCAUUCACAGGUAUAUAAUUCCAGGAAAUUAAAUAAUAAAAAAUUAAUAUAAUAAUAUUGUCGUCAUGGAAACAACAUACUAACUGGAUUUCACAUCGUUUGAAUUAUUGGUGUCCAAUUAACUACCUAUAAUGUCUGCAAACUGGCUUGGCGAAUUCCACUCCACCAAGACAGAUGUUCACUUUUAUGUCACUGUAGUUAUUUUUUUUUUUUGUUUGUUUUUGUUUAAGUUGUUGUUGUUUUUUUUCAAUUAUUAUCAUGUGUUUAUUUAUUUGACUUUAUCGCUGUUAAGUUAUUAUUGUUAUUACUUUUUUGACAAACAAGAAAAUGGAUAAAUUUGCCCUCACUGAUAAUGCUAAAAAAGUAGCCCCUCAACUAGCAGCUAGCUAUAAAUUCCAGCGAGAAGGGGACCAGUGUACAACUGUGUCUAUGGUUUUCGCCAGUAUUUGUGAAGAUUUUACUUUAGGUCGAGGGUAUAUCUGCAUGAUUCUUCAGUGCUUCUAUUCUGCGGGCGCGACGAAUUUGAGACUGGACUCUUGAGACAUGCACUUGCAUGAAUAAGUGACCUUAUUGUUCUUUCCGCUUUGCAUGUAUUGUAUUAUUUGCAGGUCAGCGUGGCCGAUCUUCCUGGGCUGAUAGAAGGAGCCUCAGUUAACCGAGGACUGGGACAUAGGUUUCUUAAACACACUCAAAAAGCUCGGGCCCUUGCUCUUGUGGUAUGUAGUUCUUUCUCCUAGUUGGUGAAAUCCUUGUCAUUUCAAAGAUGAAGCAGGCAUUUUAUAGAGAGCUUUCACAAAAAUCCAGUUCUGUCGGGCAUAGUAUUAAGAAAUAGAUUAAUCUUAUGUCUGGUUGAUAGCUCGGAUUAACACCGGGUAGAAUUCUCGUCACUAAUAGGCUACUCUGACCGGUCAGUUCUGACUGGUCUAAGUGCCCUUAGUUAGUUAAUGUUGCCGAGUUCCGUGAGCUCUUAAAAAAUUGCAAGGGGUUGCUCCAGUUUGCUGCGCUUACAACUGAAUAUACCACGAAGCCCUGUGCAAACGGACGGAAAUGUUGGCCAAGAACUCCCUAAAUCGUUAGAUGUCACCUGUCGCGUCCGUUGCACACCCUGUUGCAUGUUGUUGCGAAUUGUUGCUGAAGUUUGAAACCGGUCAAACGUUUUAGCCAACAACUCCCGACAUUUCUUUUGUUGUCUGCUCGCUGAAGGGUAGCGUAACAAUGUUGGACUGAUCCGUUUGCUCAACUCUUCCAACAAUUUUGGGGCCGCCCACGCGCAUUACACAUGGUUUCCAAAGUCUUAUGGGUUGUAUCUUUUAACGAUGCAGGUUCCAAAAUUAUUGGGAGUUGCUGCAUCCGUUUGCACGUAGCUUAACAAUAGAAUGCAUCACAUCCCAUGGAAUAUUUAUACCUCUAUAGUUACAAGUAUAGUGAGAAUCAUUCUGUCGAUCCAUACGAAUCUCCGCAGUCAAACGAACUUAAGCUGUGAAUUAUCUUAUUUCCAGGUGGACAUUGAUGGAUUUCGUUUGUCAGAAAAAUACCCAGCCAGGACAGCAUUUCAGAACGUUUUCAUUUUGCUGAAGGUAUAAGAUAUUGGCUUUGUUAGUUUAGAAUUCAGUUAUUUAGGAAAUCCGAGACAACGACGGGCAAGGAGAUUCGCAACUAUGCAUUCCCACAACAAAAGAAAAAACGCACUCUAACCGUUGAGUUGUGGAAAAUUUAAUCGUACUUCGUUUUUGGAAAGUUGAGACAUAGGCAAAACAGAUUGUGCAUGAAGAAUUCUACUCACCAAGGAAGCAAUCCCUUAGUUCCCCCAACGGUGUUACAUCCACUCGUACAUGUACUGAAUGAUGGCAUUACAUAACUACUUGGUUCAUGCAUAGUCUAGCAAUCUGGGGCCAGUUGUUCGAAGGCCGAUUAGCGCUUAACUCGGGGUUAAAUUUAAUCCGGGUUUCUCUUUCUUGUGUUCAAAAGCAUUUUCUCGGAUAAUUUUUUCUGUUAUAUUUAGAGUUUUCAAUCAUCAACUUGUAGACAAAAAGAAUUAAAUCUGAAAUUCUCUUUAAGCUUUUAAAUCUGAAUUCAAAUCUGGCGCUAACCUUGGGUUAUCUUAACCCGGCUUUGAACAACUCGCAUAGGCGUACGGGCCGGGGGAGCGAGGGGGGCUGCAGCCCCCCCAAAUUUUGGGCAACUCAGAUUUUUUGGGCAGCAAGAGAAAAUUUGGGCAAAGCCAACUUUUAAAGACGUUUCAUGUUUUUUUAUGAGUAUUUUGGAGAGAUAAAUAUUUUCUAUUUUAAUCUGAAGUCGGCGUAACAAUCAAGUUACAUUCACUCGAGACAAUGGUUGCCAAGCACGUGAUGAGUUUCUGUUUAUAAGGGAAGGGUUUUUUUUUUGUAUCGUUGGGCACUGGGCUGCAAUGGGCUAUUUCCAAUCGGGAAUUGAUUAGGAUAAACUUCCGCCUAACUUUCUAGGAUCAUCUUCGCUCGUAGAACAGUGUAUGGCAGAUAGGAUCAGCGAUUAAUCUGAAAGUGAAGAAGUGGCUGACUAAUUCUCACUUUGAAUUACGAGAAGAAUCUUAAUGUUUUUUUAAAAAAUCUAUCAAGUGCUUCAAAUUAUUCACUAAUUUGUUAAAGUAGACCGAAAUGUUUACAAAACCGCUAACAAGAGCGCCAUGAUACAUACUAAUGAAAUCCUUCUUUGUAGCAAUUUUGAAAUAUCACUCGUGAUAUAUGCCAAAUAUCACUACAAAUCAUGCUAUUACCUAUACAAUGUACAAAUAACUCACACACAUUUUUAAAAAGAUUGAACCUACUAUGAGGUGAAAUUGCAUGUCAAAAGCGCUUCGUUUUCUACAGAUAGCGGCUAAACAACAAGAUUUUCCUUGUUUUACUGUAUUUCUAACGAUCAAAACUUUAUCCCAAACUAUCCCGAUAACGCUCUUACAGACUCCGUUUUAACUUCACAAACACCGAGGCGACUAUUGGAGGAAAAAGCUCCCGAGAACGAUUUCAUAUUGAGAAAUAAUGCUGCAAGUAUAAUAGGUAAUGGCGUCAUUUCGUUGCUAUGACAACUCCGAUGUCAUUGCAACCCUGAUCAUGACAAAUUUUCAUCUUUAUCUAACACAACUGUGGUGGCAAUUUUUCCAAAUGUUUGUUUAUGGCAACGUAUAGUUUAUGCUCAAACUUGGCAGGUAUAUAUUGACCCUGAAAAACUGUAUUGCGGCACUUUCGUAUGCCAGUACGGCCUAUGUUGUUGGAUCGUAUGGCCCUUGUGUCUUCUCGACUGUUUUGUAAAAAUUUGGGCAACUUGCAAGAAUUUUUUGGGCAAAUGGUUUACCGCCCCCCCUGGCCGAAAAUUGCCCGUACGCCUAUGACAACUCGGCCCUUUAUAGCAAAUAAUAGUAUGUAUAGCAAUCUGGUAUCUCUUCUUAUGCGGAAAAGUCAAAUGCUAAUAAUGCUCGUUAGCCCUUUUAUGCUUAGACCAAGUUACUGUUGUUACUGAAGUGUAUUCAUUACUAAUCUAUGAGAAAAUAUUUUUACUUAGGUUAUGGCUUUAAUAUUAGAGAGGUUAAGCAUCACUAUUUCGUCAAACGGCAAACGCAAAUUUGUACCACGUGACAAAGUUUCCUCUUUACUUGUCGUUUACUGGUCAUUAUUUCUACACCUUAGAAAUUAGUAGUUUCACGUAAUUGUUGAUCCAUAAGAAUUUUUUGAGCUGUUAUUAUCUGCUCAUUUUCUAUUUUGAGAAUUUCCUAAUUUGAAUCAGACGUUUACCGUAAACAUGAAGCUUAAACUCUCUAUUUCUUAUUUAUUGCUGUUUUUAACCUCUAGGAACUGGUGUUAUAUGACAAGGAAUUAUUAAAUAGACCCAAGAUACUCAUUGUUACCAAACUUGAUAAGAAAGGUGCGACAAGCAGAUUUCAAGAGUUGAAGCAAAGAUUGAACUCUGUUCAGGAACACGGUAAGCCUAACGCUGAAUGAAAAAGUCCAUGGGAAAGUCCAGUUACAUGUUUUUAUGUACUUUGUUAUAAAAUUAGGUAACAAAAAGAAAGUUACUUGUCAUGAGUUAGAUUAACCAGGGUCGGCCACGGGGGGUAGUGGUAUACCAGUAUACCCGAAAAAAAUUCGCCAAAAUACCCCAAAAUACCCAAAAUUCAUCCAAAUAUACCCAAAAUUAUACCCAGGUAUACUUUAUACCUGAAAUUCAAAGAAAGUGAUAUACCGAAUACCCGUAUUUAAGCUGCAAUAUACCGUAUACCCGAUUUAAAAAGCCCCUGUAUACCGUAUACCCAAAAACACUGGCCGACCCUGAUUAACGACCAGCUUGCACCCAUUUAGGUGUAGUAGAAACGAUGAUAGCAAUGGUAAGUUCUUUUUAUGAACCCCAGCUGCAAACCCUUACAGUAAUUAGCCUGUGGCGCAUUGUAGUCCUGUUUCUUUAUUGUAUCGUGUUUUCAAUUUGUAGGAACACUACUUUCCAUCUUACAAAAAAUACGUUCAGACAGUCCAGUGCCUCAGGAACAAACAGAUUUAAUGGCUAUAGCUGACAAACUGACCAGAACUCGAUUCGAUUCUAUAUUACCUUUCUCCGCUUUUACGUCAUUUGGUUUAGAUGAUGUGCGGGAUAAGAUGAAAGCCGUGCUUUGAAUAAAAGUAAUUCUGGAAGAUGUGUUAUGCUGAUUGUGUAGAGGUUAAAUAAAUAAAUAAAUAAAUUCGUUAUAACUUGAUGUGUCAAUGAUGUCAGUCUUGAUAUCUUUCUUGUUUGUUAAUUUAAGUUACUUCAAGACGCGCCGUCCAAGAGUCUUAGUAAAUGGCCACCAAAUUAAAAGUAAUAACAGCUUAAAAUACCUGAAGGAAGAUUUAACUAACAGGGAAAAUGCAAAGUAAGGCAUAUGUGGAUAGAAGAUUACAACAAGUUCAUGACUGACAGUUUUUUCAGCAUUUAAGAAGCCUUUAUGGCCCUUAUCUUUCCUUCUAAGACCAUCAUUUGCAGUAAACGUAUAUUGAGUUUUAUUUUUACUAUUUUGUUAAUAUGUUGUUGCUGCUGUUGUUAUUGAGGAUGAUGUUGUUUUGGUUAUAAUUAAUUUCAGAAAUUCUAUUCAUUUUUGGUUUAUUUCGAGGCUGUAAAGGUUACUUUAAGCUCUAGUAAUCAAAGCGCAGGUUAUUCUAAAAGGCAAGUUUAGAUAUUUUUUAGUUUUAAAGUUAUUGUUUUUUUGUUUGCUUGUUUUUGCCUUUUUUGUUGCUGUUGUUGUUGUUGUUUUUGCUGCCCAAAUGACGUGGUGAUAUUAAAGUCUUUGCAUAAAUAAUGUUAUUUAAUACUUCCGCGUAAAAUACAUGCAAGGAAACAGCACUUUCUAGUUUAAAAUUUCGUAUUAAAAAUUAAUCAGUUUUGACUUUUAAAACUGCCUCCAAACGUUUCUUCAACUAGACUUUAAGCUAUCAGACACCUGAAAGAUACUAAGGUAUCGCUUGAAAGACAAAUAUUAACAUUAGAUCGUUGGUCUUCUCUUUGGAAUAUUAUAAUCUGUUUUGAUUUCGAAAGGGUUGUGUUAUGUUUUUGUUAGCAAACAUUUGCCGUGAUGUACUUAUUGAAUUGAUGCUGAUCACCUUUUUAAGAAGGCUGAACUCGUUACGCUGGAAUAGUGAAUUUGAGAAUGCUGCAAACUGAAUGGAAAAGGGAAAAAAAGAGACGUAAAGUUCUACCUAGUUAAAGUUCUCAUCAGUUGACUUUGUUUUUAAAUCAUUUUACUCAAUAAAUAAUUCAACAACAGUUGAAAUAUCUUGCAAAGAUAUUCAAACGAAACCCAACGGAAGAAGCUAAAUAAAUGUCUGAGGGAUAUUGCCGAAACUUUUUUCUUCCUUUGACUAAAGCAAGAAUUUCCAACUCUGAAAAUGCUACUGGAACGCACAGUCGUUAACUUGUUUAACAAUAAUCUCGUAGUUUCUUUUUCCAUUGUUUUUAUACACCACAUAUCCAGCCUUUGUCCCUGACUAAUAUCACUUACAAGCUGUGAUUGGUCAAGUUAAAGCAAACCAAUUAUCUUGACAACGGAAGACUACAUCAGUGACCACCACAAAUCAAAGUUUCAGAGGCAACUACAGUGAUCGUUCUCAAGGUCAAAGAAUUCUGUCUUGAGAUGGAGAAGAAAUUCGACUUCAAACCGUUGCUCACUGAUUCGCAAGAUAGCCAGGGUUCCACCCCUUUGAGGAUAUUCUCCAUUUCAACCGCUAAACCGGAAAAUAUAAAGUUUGAGGAAGAAGAAAUGGAUCUUAUUAGUGGUGGCAGCGAUGUUUCUAGUGUCGAAGAAAUUGCACAAGAGAGAAACGAAAAUCCAUCGCAUGCAUGGACCGAAGGAAACUGGGCCUUUCGGAGAGAUGACAUGGAUGAAGACCUGCCAUCAUUCGAAGCGCGCUACGAAGCCAUGAAAGAAAUUUUUCCGUCGCUUGGUGAAAACGACGGACGAAGCAGCCGCUUAGAGACGCUAAAGACCCCUGAUGGGAGCAAAGUUGCGUUUGGCGAAGCGGACAAAAACGAUAGAGACGAAUUGUAUGCGAAGCUUCGGGAGGCUGUCGACAAAAGAGUCUCUGAGAAUGUAUCGAGAUUGUCCAAUCCCAGUUUGGUGUCUGGCGAUUUCCUUUCUAUACAUGAAAACGGCAAACCCAAAACGGCGCCAUCGUCUGUUGGAAAAAUUGAGGCUGAGAAACAGUACUUCUUUCCUGAGCUUCGAAAUCUGAUAGAAGGCAGAAUAGAAGAAACCAAAGUUGACACGUUGGCCAACCGAAUAGAACGAGAGCUGAUGAGGAGGCAGCAUCUUUGCAACGAGCAGGCUUUGAUGCUGCAAAUGCUUAUGAACCGCGUCCAAGAUCUGGAGAAGCGCGGGCCACCCAGACGAGGAGCAACUCCUGUUCACACUUCGUCACGAGCGUCCCGUGGAAACCGGUGCAUGUGCUACCACACAAGCAACUACAUCGUGGAGAAGGCCACGCAGACUCCCAGUGAAGUCCACGACGCCGAAGGGGUGUAUGUCAUGGUCGCCCGAAAUUCCGGGGCAAGAGCUAAGAAGGUGCAGAGAAGGGUUGCUUAUGGCUACCCUGAACGAGUUACCGAGGAGAAAAAAGUGUCGGCGCUUUUAAGUAGAAAGAUUGUUACUCAGCAAAUAGAGUUUUUGCCACCAAUCCCUGAACCUUAUGCCAAAAAGCGACCUCGAGACACAAAGAAACCAGGGUGGCAUAGAGUGUGA